GACAUGGAAAUCAAGUCUCGUCUCGUCCCGGCAGCUACAGAAAUGGGGAAAUACGCUUCGCUGGGGUCGGCGGUAACCGGUUUUGUGGGCGUAGUGGCAGGUACAGCACUUGAAGCCAGUGUAACUUUCACUGUGACAAGUGGCGCUUUUGCUGUCGCUGGGGCUGUGGGCGCCUCGGCAACUGUGGAUCCUGAUAAUACGGACGAGAUUCGAAAUGCAGUAGGUCAACUCGAAGCACGCAUCCUUUGUGGCGUUGUUGCGUGGCAAAAGUUAUCUGCGCUCUUCAAACGCCUUAUAGAAGGAAUCCCGCCACCCGAUGCAGGAGCCUUCAUUAAAGCAUACAAGAAGCAUUUCUGGGAUGGCCAUGAUGCCUUUCGUGAUUUCGUCGGGAGAGAAAUCAUCAAUAUGCCCGUCUAUCGGGAGGUUAAAGCAGGUUUCCCCAGUCUUCAUUAUUACCUGCAACCCGCCAUGCUGUUUCCAGGUAAAUCCGAUCCACACUCGUGGAUUCUGAUUCAUUCCUACACUUCAUAUAAUGACGAUGGCUGGACUCAACCUCAAACCGCAUGGAUAGCAGGAGCAAAUGGGCAAGGUUACGCGAAAUGCGAGACUUAUUCACCUGCAGAGCGCGAAAUCUGGGCAGAGUACGUCGAAGGGUUCUCAAGUUCAUUGCGACGCCGAAAUCGCAAUGAGUGGCUCCGAGCCAUGCGCAAUAUCGUCCUCGAAAUGGGAUCCCAGCAACAAGCCGAUGCCAGGCGACACCUCGGGGAUGAUCAUUGGGAGGCAAUGGUGCUGCUCGACAUACCGCGCUGGUACUGGCACUUGUGGGAUUUGGCCCCCGUUGAAGUCUCAUCGCCGUGCAAUGCAUGUCGCGCGUCUAAACACCUUGUCAUUACACUCCCAACGCCGCCGCCAAUGAGGGCGAACAAGAAGCGGACCCGCGCUGACUCCGUCGAAGAAGACGAGGACUUCGACCCUAUUACUGACCCGAAGGUAAAACGGGAAGGAGACAAUCAGAAGAAACGCAAAGUGGAUUCGGAAGCGGACAAGUGGGACUCGAACUUCGUCAAGCGCCUCGAGCUUCAGCUGGAGGUAAGGGAACGACAGGUUGCUGGUCUCUUGGAAGAAAACAAUAGGGUCAAGCAAUGCUACGAUGAAUCAAGGAAUAAUAUUAUACUGCUACGACGAGAGAUUUCACAGCAGAAACUUCGUGCAGGUGAAUUGGAAAGUAAAGUCAAGCACGCAGAAGAAUUGGGUGGGAUAAAGCCUCCCCGGAGCAGGAACUGGAGGUGUUGA